GGGGUGUGUAACUUUUAACAUUUUUUUUUUCGUUUGUACUACUCAAAAUUAUAAACAUUAAAAAACGAUUUUUUUCCGGCGUGAUUUUUUUUUAAUUAUAAAACUACUGUAUUUUGUGCGCGAGUUAUAGUCGUUCGUGUUGGCUGAUUUUUAUUCAAACUAAAACUUCAGUUAAGAAGUAGUUUUUUGAGAAUGAGUAGAUUCGAAGUUUUGGUUAGAGGGCGACACAUUUUUUGUGCGGUUGAUUUCGUACGGACUUGUUACUGAAAUAUUUUGGGUAAGAUGUCCUGGGAGUCUCUAAACUCGCAUCAUGAGUAUGUAAGCAACUUGAACGUAGGCCACCAACUUUCAGCCACCCGCCUCCUGUCCUCCCCCGAUGGCUCACGACACCCCCUCGACGGCCUCGAACAGGUCUGGCCUUGGACCAAUUCUUACUCCAGCCUUCACCGAGACACCUACACUGAGGUUCGAACCCCGCGUCCACCCAGAUUCACAUGGGGCUGCUUCCAGGCGUGCCGGGCAAGGAUACAUCAUAGUUUCGCCAAAAGAAAGGUAGACCAAGGACUCCGAUUGUACAACCAACAUAAACAGCAGCAGGCAGUUAGAAAAUGGAAAUCGGCUCUUAAAGCCAUACAAAAAAGGGAGGAUAAAUUUAGUCUGCUUGGUUACCUAUACCAGGCUUAUAUGGAUUGGGGAAAAUACAGGGAUGCUUUAGAGUAUGCACAUAGACAGCUGUUCAUAUCCGAAGAGUUAGAUAGUCCAAAUAUGAGAGCGGAAUCUUAUUUGAAUUUAGCCAGAGCUCAUCAACGUUUGGGGGGAUUAGAAAGAGCAUUGGCGUACGCUAGACAUUCCCUGUACAAUGAAUGCGAACAGCACGCCACUGCAGGUCACGUUCAUCUAACCGUCGGUUCUGUUUAUCUAGAAUUGGCAGGUUUUAAUAAAGCCCUAGACAGUUUUCAACACGCCCAUAGAAUAGCUCAAGCAGUACACGAUCCAGCUCUAGAGUUACAGGUUUACGUAGGACUAUCUGAGCUUUUCAGCAGACUCCAGGACGCUGAUAAAAGUGCAAGAUACGCCUCCAAAGCAUACGAUUUAUCCAGGUCCUUACAAUUAGGCGAUUUAAAUUCAAGACAUCACAGAGCCGCUCUUCUUCAAAUGGCUUCUGCACUUAGAAAACAAGGUGAAUUGGGAGAUGCUCACGAUUAUUGUUCUGAAGCAACGAGAUUAGCACUAGUUUCUGGAGAUCAAGCCACCUACGCCAGAAGUAUACGAAUUAUGGGCGACAUCUAUAGAAAAAAGUCUGACAUAAACAAAGCCUUUCGCCAAUACGAAACAGCCAUGGGUUCGGCGGCGGCCAUGGGCGAUAGGGUCAUCCAAAUGGAGUCCAUGGACGGUGCCGCCAGGUGUUUAGAGGCUCUAAGACUACAGCACAAAAUCUGCAACUGCAGACCCUUAGAAUUUAAUACUAGGUUACUGGAAGUGGCCAGUUCUGUUGGUGCUAAGCUUCUAGUAAGGAAAGUCCGAAUCAGACUUUCUCGAAUAUACCAUGCACUAGGAGACGAAGACCAGAAACUUCAUCAUGAGCGACUAGCGCUUAGACUCCAGGAGGACCUGGAUCUGCAGUGCGGUGGGUGUGGUUCCCCUUACGGUCUCGAAAGUGACUCACUCGAAGCUCUGCCUUGUGCUCAUAUCCUUCACGCAAGAUGUGCCUACGAAUUAUUCAAACGGAAUAAGAAAAAGAAACGUUCGUGUCCGGAAUGUGAUCGAACUAGUUCCAGAUUGUAUCUAAACUGCAACGACUACAACAAUAUGACGUACAGUCCCAUACCGCUUUCGAUUUGUUCGUCUGACAGCCAUUGCACCUCGCACCAAGCCAUCAGUUCGGUCUAAAUUAAAAAUUACAACAAUCGAAACUUGAAGUUUCGGCGGACGCUGUUUAUCGGACGACCGACGCAAGGUUACACGAUGAGGCCGGAUGACUUUUUCUACUUUGAAAGCAGAAAUUCGAUUUGUUUGAUCUUCUUUUACACACAACAAUUUUAAUCGUACGACCACAUUUAAUUAACACCAGUUCCGAAAGUGUGCCAACUGACGUCAUCUAUCAAUGUCAAUGAAUGUAUAGAGCAUGUUGAAAAAGUAAGAGUGCCUAGUGCAAUUGUCGGAGGAGACGAAAUUAUGUUCUGGCAUAAAAAAAAUUAAAUAUUUUUUUUAGUAAAAUAUGAAUUCAUCAAAUCAUAAAAAAUAUAUUACACGCUACUGAACAAUAAUUGUUCUCCCUCUAUCACCCAUAUUAUUAUUGCAAUCCAUGAGCAUUUCAUUAAAAAAAUAUGCUAAAAAGGAAUUGGCUAAUGGAAAUGGCCCCCUCCAAAAUUUCUGGAUGGGGCCGCCCUUGGGAUUACACAAGACGCAGCACUGUCACCAGCCAUAGGGUCAUGGAGUCCUCAAGAAACUUCCAUUCAUCCCAGGCAAAAAUUUAAAAAAAUAAUGAAAGAAAAAAAAAGAGAAAAAUCCCUUAAUAGCAUAGUUGACUGGUUUUGGCAACUAGUCAAAGACUCUGAUAAUCCUUAGGGGUAAGAACGCCGGUACUUCACAAAUGCCCGGGGUCCGGAGUAUUUUCAUAACUGGUUUGGAAAGGGAGGAGAGAAUAAUAAUAAGUGAAUAAACAAAUAUACUACUAGUACCACUACUACUACUUUAUUUGAUAAUGUCCCAACUUUUCGAUAAGACUUAAAUGAUAACUACACGUAAUACCCAACUCAUAAGCGAUAGGAAACUUCCUAUUGAAAUAUAUAGUUUGGAUCUAUUAACGAUUAUAGCAUUGGAAAACUAUGAUAAACGAAUCGUGAGUAAAAAUGGGAUAAAAAUAUGAAUAUUAUUGGCAUUCAUAUGGAAAAUAAUUAUUUGUCUCAAAACAAAAGCAAACAACAAAUUUAAAACGAACGUUUUAAAAUAAUUAAGGAUAUUUACGUUUAUCUCUGAUACACAAUUCCAUGAACAACACUUUUACUUGCAAUAAUAUUAAUUGGUUUCGAAACAUAGGGUCCUGAGGCACGGUCACUGCUAGAACGGCCUUACGGCCAAACUUUCGGGCACAGCCCUUGCUCAAAUGUUUUAUUUUGAAGACAUAAAGUUGGUGAAUGUCAAACGUAUUGGACUAACUCUUGUGGGUUUCAUUCACUGAUCUGUAUUAUUUUACUGGAUAGGAUAUAGCCCCCUAAAAAACGUUCCGAAAAAUUGGCCGAUUUGGGCAAAAAAUAUGGCGGACCGGAUGUUAUUUAACAUAACCUCUAUUUCCAUUUGUCAUCACAUUUGUCAUUUAAUUGUGUCAACAAAUUACGAUGACACGUUUUUUUUAUUUAUUUAGGUAGUAUCGGAUAGCAUUAUUAUGAUAUAAACAAUAAACGAUCAUCCGUGAAGACACAAUAUGCUUCACGUUUCCAUUUUUAUAUUUUCUUUCAUAAAAAAAUCAAAUUAUAGGUGAAUUGUCCCGAAGGACAUUGCCCGCAGAAGGAAUAAGAAGAAGAAUAAGAAGAAAAACUAAUCAAAUUAUAGGUUAGGUAUGUCAAAUUAUCCCAAAAUUCAGUUCUGUAAUCCCACCAUAAUUUGCCCAAAUCGGCCAGCAGUGUUGCACUUCCGGUCUCCUUGGUGGAACGGAUUUUUAGUAUGUUAAAUAUAGCCUAUAUCCUAUCCAGUAAAAUAAUACAG